CUUCAGAUCCUUCUGAGCAUUGUUGUCAUAUCACAGCAUGUGGCGAAAUCGAGCAGAGGACUUUACUCAAGUUGGUGUGAGCUACUUUGCCCGCCACAAAGGGGAGGUGAACUGCUGCGUAUUUUCUCCAGAUUGCCAGAUUCUACUCACCUGUUCAGAUGACUGCAGGCUCCACCUGUGGAAUGCAAAGACCGGACAGCUCUUGGCCAAAGCAAGCGGACAUGAAGGUCCCGUGAAAUCGUGUGCAUUCUCGUCCGACUGUGUGCUGUUCGCAAGUGCAUCCCAUGACUGUUGUGUACGAAUCUGGCUCACCACUACUGCCGAAUGCGUACGCAUAUUAACAGGCCACAAGAGGAGUGUUGAGACCGUCAGCUUCAGUCCCGAUUGCAAGUUGUUGAUUUCAGGAGGGUGGGAUAAAGAUGCCAUUGUCUGGGAUGUGCAGAGCGGGGAGAUUGUGCGAAUUCUCGCGGGACAUAAGGAUGCCAUCCAGAGCAGCACGUUCUCCCGAGACUCGCGGCUCGUGGCCACAGGUUCCUGGGACUACACAGUGAAGGUGUGGAGUCUGCUCACUGAAGAGAAGGAGGUGACGUUAGAAGGGCACAGCGGAAACGUCGCGAGCUUGUGCUUCUCCGCCUCCGGAAUGCUGGCCUCGGGUUCAUGGGACGGUACGGUUCGGGUGUGGCUUCCCCGGGCGGCAGCGGCCAUCUUUGUCCUGGAGUGUCGCGGGGUGUGGGUGAGGGGCGUGGCCUUCUCCCGGGACGGCCUGGUUCUCGCAUCAGCUGGCGAGAACGACAUGGUGAGAAUUUGGGACAUGUCCAAUGGGAAAUGCAUCAAAAUGUUGCAGGCUCAAAAGGAUACCACCCUCAGCUGCACCUUCGCCCCCAGUGGAGCUCUUCUGACUGCCGGGUCAGUGGACCCCUCCCAGGAGGCAGAACUAUGGCAGUGGGACUACUGAAGCACUGAUGUCUGAUCAACACUGAUCAGCAACAUCUGGCUCAUCGCUAGA